AGCGCGUUACUUGCACGAUCGACCAGCUCGUCUUCGUUGCUCCGUAGUUUCGACUUUCUGACGAUCGUCAAUUGUCAGAGUGUUAAUCAAUAGUUCUAGUCUUGAAGCAAAGAACGUUCAAUUUCUCUAAUUGCGAGAGAUCGACAACACCGGAUAUGCAUUAAUCGUUGAAGGAAUAAAAAAAAGAAGAAGAAGAAGAGAGGCCGUGACAUCGAUGAACCCGAUCGAAGCAGAUUUGCUCGUGGAAAUCACGCUCACGAUUAAAAAACGUGAUUCAGAUAGGAAAUUCAGUUGGAUAUCGGAUUGAAAAUACCGGAAAUAGUGAUUCUCUGUGUUUUCCUAAUUUCUCCCUUCGUUUGAACGACUGUGCGCUCGAGAAUCUCCACUCGUUUAAUAAUCAGUAACUCGUUUCGAGUCUCUCGUAAAUUUGUAUUUGAGUGAAUUAAUUUGAAAAAUUAUCAAUCACAAAGAUGAUGAAGAGUGUUUCCUCCAAUGUGUCUGCCGCUAACAGUUCAACAAAGUGUUGGAAUUUAAAGUCACAGUGAGAACCAACCAGAGGACAAACAGAUUGUGGGAGAACGCUAAUCGCGUGUGUGAGUUUUAUCGAUUUAUAUUUGAGACAGCUUCGACGUUUUUUAAUUAUUAUGUAGAGCUUUGCGAAUCUUGCGGAGAAGUGAGAAAUGUCGUUCGUGAACGGUACGAUGAUGAUACUCGCGUACACCGCGAACAUGAUCGCCACGUUGCCUGAAAGAGUGGACGAGAACACUGUUGCCGACAGGUCGAAUGUCACCACGACCACUUUGUCACCGGAGGAACGAGAAAAUCAGUUCGACUUCGACGAUCAAUGGUACAUGUGGCGAUGUUACGAGCCGUACGGCUGUUUUUACAUCGGUUCGCCAUGGUCCGGCGAGAACAGGCCAGUCUCGACGUUCCCGGCGCGUCCGGACAGCAUAAAUCCUCGUUUCUCGCUGUACACUCGAGACACCGCGGACCAACCGCACGAACUGAAGAUCGACAAGUUCGCGACCAUUCGGGAAUCGCCCCUCAAAAAGGAUGGCAACUUUUACUUGAUCAUUCACGGCUUUCUCGACAACGGCGACAAAACGUGGGUCAUGAGGCUGAUGAAGGAAUUAUUAAUCAGAGAAACAUGCAACGUGUUGAUCGUGAACUGGAUCGGCGGCGCGGGGCCACCGUACACCCAAGCUGUGGCCAACACGAGAUUAGUGGGUGCUAUGACUGCCCGUUUGGCCAACCAACUGACCGAAGUCGGUGGAAUAGACUCGACGAGGAUGCACUGCAUAGGGCACAGCCUUGGCGCGCACACCUGCGGCUACAUCGGAUACACUUUGAGGCAUACUUAUUAUCAUAAGCUCGGAAGGAUCACUGGUAAGUCAAGAAGCUGCUCGGACAUGUUCUCAAAGUGUCUCGUCGUUCGUUCUUCGAACUUUCUUAACCAUUUGGCGCCGGGCAAACUGAUUUGCGGACCAUAACGAGUGACCGAACCGUACACAGUUUAAUUCGUCG